AUGAGCAAGCUCUGGCCGCAACAUCUCCCUCCCCCAAGCCUCACGGUCCUGGAGCGCGACUCCAAGGCCGACCGAGCGGGUUCUCGACAAGGCUACACGCUCUCGAUCCGUACUGACCCAGGCUCGCGGGGUGUACAGGUCCUAGACCGUCUCGGCUUGUACGAUGCAAUCCAUGAGCAGAGCGUUCAGAGCGUCAAGGAUUCCAGCGACGCAGGAUUCUGUAUUUGGCGCAGUGUACCGAGCCUGCGGCACGGGAAUGGCUGGGAGGAUGGGUGGGAGGAGAUUUUGAAACUGCGCUCCCAAGAUGAGGAAAGCAAGGAGGGUAAAGGUCGUGUGAUGGGUUGUCGGAUCCGGAGGAAUGCCCUGCAGAGCGUCUUGGUGGAGAGCGUGUAG